UAUAAAUCCCCACUUAAUAAUCCAAGUUCUUUUACCACGAUCUUCCAAACAGGAUUUAACAUUCCGAUGAAAAUUUUGAUCCUUUAUGAUAUUAAAUCGAAACGAAAGAUCUUAAAUCCCUUAUCAUGUUUGUUAAUCUAUAAAAAGCAGUGUUCAGAGAAAUAUUACAUCAACAAAUGCAACGCUUGAUUAUGAUAUCAAUCGAAUCCUUCGCACAAUAAAAAUGUAUAUUAUCAUUUCCAGAUUCUUGGUGCUUUAUCUUAUCCCAACGAUAUUUAAUAGUACUUAAUAGAUACGCAAACAUUUUAAAUUAUAAAAAAUACGUAAUUAUUAUUUACGGAUACACAAAGUAGACGUGUGUAGAAAUGGAAAGAAUAUAUUUCACAGUAGUAAUACUACUUUCCAUCUCAAUAUUAGUGUUUAGUGAAGAUUGUGUGGUUUAUACUUUUGGAGAUGAUUAUGAUAACUUAUUUUCAAAUGAAAAGGGAGUUUGUCAAGGGAUGCGGAUGUGGCAAUUAGGUUACUACUCCUCAAUAUCUUUGGAAAGUCCACAUCCUUUGAGCAGUACGUUUAUAUCACCGGAAUAUUUAUUGAGUUGUGUAUCAUCGUUUACAUUCACAAUGUCGGGUUUAGGAACUGUUGAAGUUAAUCUGUAUAUGGAUCCUGCUUCGAACAGCGAUCAAAUAUCUAUAGUUGUUCAUGAAGUAGUCCCAGGAUCUACUGCAACUGUUGUUGGUAAUAGAGGAAUAUCGGCAAUGGCGCCAGAUUUUGAAAUAGGAUGGCAUUCUAUAAGAAUUCCUCUCAUCGGUUCUGGAACAUUCGAAGGUUAUGUGUCUCUUAUGGGUAUGGCAGCGAGCGGAUCUGUUGUUCUCAUUGAUUCAUUCCGCUAUAUUCCACCAUCAUACGAUGAAGAACUAUGUGUAUUAUACACAGAAUCUAAUGAUACCACAUCGUUUACUGAAACCGAUAUUCCUACGACAACAAUUUAUACAACCAUUUAUGAUACAACGACAGAGUUUUAUGAUUCCACUACAUUAGAACAAUCAACGGAAUAUCAGACAACAACUGAAGAACCAUUUGAUACUAUUUCAACAACAGAAGAUACGUAUCCAACAGAUUUUCCAUCUUCUAGUUCUAUACAGACUGAAGAAACGGAAUUUCCAUCGUCAACAUUACAACCAGAAAUAAGUACAGAAAUUUCUACACAGCAAAGUGAUACAGAUUGGGAUAGUACAACGCCAGUACUGGAGAGUACAACAAUGGUAUCGACGACCUAUGAGCCAACAAACACAGAGCAAGAAACCGAUGUAACAACACCAUGGUCAGUAACUACAGACUCAGAUACUACAUUAGAUUCUUCCAGUGAAGCAGAUACUUCUACGACCGAAACUCCUGAAGAUUACUUCACUGGAUCAACCACUACAGAUAUGACAACGGAAUUUGAAACAACUCAUACUGAAAUCUCUACACCUGACACGACCAAUGAAAUCUUAAUUACUGAAACUACUACAGUAGAUACUGAAACUACAGAAUUUGUCACUGAAUCGGUUUCAACAACAGAAUUCGAUGAUACUACUACACCAAUAUUUAUUACUGAAUCAACGCCACAAUGGGAUCUUACAACUAACACUGAAUAUUCAACAAUUAUUACAACGGAAGCAACGGAAAUUACUUAUACUGACACCACAACAGAAUCAUCAACUUCGUACACAGAUAAUAUUGAAACAGACGUAACAUUUUAUACCACAGAUCCUACAGAAUUUACAACUCAAGAAGAAGAAAACAAUACAACUUAUAUUACUGAAAUAUAUAAUACUACAAUUCCCGAAAUUACAACAGUUGAUGAUACUACAACAGAAAUUACCACACAAUCUGAUCUCUAUACAGGAACUGAGGAAUCUUUAAUCAGUACAACGGAUUCACAGUACACAGACACCGAUACCACAACUGACAUAACAUCUUACACAACAGAUCACGAAGAAUCAACUUUAGUCACAUCGAACAAUACUGAUUAUACACAGACUGAUUCAACUUCAUAUGAAACUACGGAUACCACACUGAUAACAACUCAGGAAGAUGAAAGUUCAGGAACAACAACUUCGAUGGAUAACGAGUCAACUACACAAACAGUUACAAACACCGACUCGUAUACAGAACAGACUGAAAUAGAUCAUGUAACUUUUACCCAAACUCCUGAUGAAAUUGACACAACUACGUUAUCACCAGAGUUAGAAGCAACUGAAGAUGGAAUAACCACACCUGAAUCUCAAGAAACAAGUUCCCAAACAGAUUCAGAUCAAGGAACCACUACAAUUGUGACCCCUACUGUAAUUCCUGACAACGAUAAUUCCAACUCCAGCUUUUGGACUGCGUUAACUAUAUCAAUGUUAGUAUUAUUAAUAAUUAUUUUAUUAAUUGUAACAGCAGCAUUCUUCUACAUAUUAGGAAAGAGAAAAGCGAAUCAGGCAACACCACAAUUUGUUUUUGCUGAUUACGAAGACCUUCCGAAGACAAUUACAGUUCCUCGUGUGACGAAAAUUCUUGUAGAACCUAAUAACUUUAAGAAAACUAUUCUAACAACAAUCAGUGCUGUUGAUACUGUUUUAAAUAUCGAAAUGAUAAGUUUGAAGUGCGUGGUUUUGAUUUUGGUGUACAGUUCGGUUGUGUUUUGUGACGAAUGCGUAUCAUAUAAUUUUGAAGAAGAUUUCGAAGAUCUUUUCACCAGUAAUGAAGGUGUGUGUACAGAUAUGAGGACAUGGAAUAUUGGUGACUACAGAUCUCUAGCAAUAGAUAGUCCACAUCCAAGUAGUAGCCAAUGUAUACUUCCAUCUGAUCAACUAAGUUGUGUCUCAUCGUUUAGAUUUACUAUGACAUCUGGAGGAAGAGUAGAAGCAAAUGUCUACAUGGUGUCAUUUUCACCAGUGGAUCAGGUAUCUUUUGUCGUCAAUGAAAUAGUGCCGGGUGGAAACGAUGCUGCUGUUGGCACUAUAGUGCUAUCCUCAAUGGAUCCUAAUUUUGUAAACGGAUGGCACGUCUUACGAGUCACAUUAACUGGACGAGGAACAUACAACGCUUUUAUAACAUUUUUAGGAUUAUCGGGACCUUUUUCUACAGUUCUUAUUGAUUCGUUUCGGUACAUACCACCACUAGUAGACCCAGAAGAAUGUACCAUAUACGAAAAUGUUACAACAACCACGCAAGGAACUGAAACUACAAUAACGUUGGAAAAUACCGAAUCGACUACAGAAGAAAUCACAAGCACAACGUUGACAGAAGUCACGAAUACGGACCAAAGUACAACGUCAGUAUUGGAUACGGAAUCAACAAUGGAAACUAAUUUCGAUAUGACAAGUUCAACUCCAAUAGUGGAAACUGAUGGUACAACUACCUUUAUAACAGAAGAAUCAACUGAAGAAAGUACCUUUGAUCCAACAGACAUAACUGUAUCACAAUCGAUAUUUGAUACGGAAUCCACAACCCUUACUUGGACAUUUCCUGAUAGUACAACUACUGAAAUUGUUACAGACGUAGAAAGUACAACAACCGAUUUGUCUACAACAGAAAGCACGAUACCGACUGAGCUAACAACAUCGCAAUCUGUUUUAGAUACUGACUCAACAACUGAAACCUCAAUUUUCUCUGACAGUACGAGUGAUAUGUUCACUGAUGUAGAAAGUACAACACCAGAUGUAUUAACAACAGAAAGCACAAUACAGUCUGAGCUAACAACGUCGCAAUCGGUGUUAGAUACCGACUCAACAACUGCAAGUUCGAUAUUCUCAGACAGCACAACGAGUUAUACGGUAACUGAUGUAGAGAGUACAACACCCGAGUUGUAUACAACAGAAAGUAUAAUACAGACUGAACAAACAACAUCGCAAUCUGUUUUAGCUACCGAUUCAACAACUGAAACUUCAAUAUUUUCCGACAGUACGACUCCCGGUAUAGUAACAGACAUGGAAAGUACAACAAUACCAGAUGUAUCAACAACAGAAAGCACAAUCACGUCUGAGCUAACAACAUCGCAAUCUGUUUUAGACUCCGACUCAACAACUGAAACUUCAAUUUUCUCUGACAGUACUGCUACUGACAUAACUGAUGUAGAAAGUACAACCGAGUUGUCUACAACAGGAAGAACAAUACCGACCGAGCUAACAACAUCACAGUCGGUUUUAGACACCGACUCAACAAGUGAAACUUCAAUUUUCUCCGACAGUACGACUCCCGGUAUCGUAACAGACGCGGAAAGUACAACAAUACCAGAUGUAUCAACGACAGAAAGCACAAUCACGUCUGAGCUAACAACAUCGCAAUCUGUUUUAGACACCGACUCAACAACUGAAACUUCAAUUUACUCCGACAGUACGACGAAUAAUAUGCCAACUGACGUUGAAAGUACAACACCCGAGUUGCCUACAACAGAAAGUACAAUACCGACAGAGCUAACAACAUCGCAAUUUGUUAUAGAUACCGACUCAACAACUGAAACUUCAAUAUUUUCCGAUAGUACGACUCCCAGUAUAGUAACAGACGUGGAAAGUACGAUGCCAGACGUAUCAACAACAGAAAGCACAAUACAGUCUGAACAAACAACUUCUCAAUCAAUUAUAGAUACCGACUCAACAACUACAACUUCAGUUCUCACUGACAGUACGACGGGCGAUAUGAUAACUGAUGUAGAAAGUACAACACCAGAUGUAUCAACAACAGAAAGCACAAUACAGUCCGAGCUACCAACGUCGCAAUCGGUGUCAGAUACCGACACAACAACUGUAACCUCAAUUUUCUCAGACAGCACAACGAGUGAUACGGUAACCGAUGUAGAAAGUACAACACCCGAGUUAUCUACAACAGAAAGCUCGAUACCAACUGAACAAACAACAUCGCAAUCUGUUUUAGAUACUGACUCAACAACUGCAACUUCAAUUUUCUCAGACAGCACAACGAGUGAUACGGUAAUCGAUGUAGAAAAUACAACACCAGACGUAUCUACAAUACAGAGUACAAUACAGUCUGAGCUAACAACAUCGCAAAUAACAAAUGAUACCGACUCAACAACUGCAAGUUCGAUUUAUUCUGACAGCACAACUGACAUAGUGACUACAACGCAGAGCAUAUCAGAUACAGACAGUACAACUAAUAAUGACGCAUCUGGUACUUUUUCUACAGAUGCUUCGUCAACACAAACUGAGGAAAAUUCAUCAGAAUUUUGGAGCACAAGUGAAGUACCAACAACUUUAGACAUAUCUAAUACUGGGACAACUGAUGAUAAUAAAAAUACAGCUUCUACAACUGAAUAUACCGACAACUCAAGUACAAUAUUUACAGAAUCCGAAACAACUAUUACGCAAACAGUUACAAAUACUGAAUCAGAAAAUAAUAGUGUUUCUACUACUUUAGGAAAUACAAAUGAAAUGACGAUGACACCUCAAGAUUUAACAAACACUCCUACCGUAUUCGAAAAUACAUCCCAAACACAAACAGAACCAUCGGCGACUACUGUAGAGGUUACCGUAUCGGAAAGUACUACAUCUUCAUUCGAUUUAACGACAAAUGAAUACGACAAGAGUACAAUUACAGUAUCUGAAAGUACGAAUCAACAUGAUACCACAACUGAAAGAGAUACAGAAAACAUUGAUAAUUCUAAAAGCUUCUGGACUCCUCUAACAAUAGUUUUAUUAACACUUCUCAUAAUCUUGUUACUGGUUUUGUUCUCCGCUUGCUUUUACAUUAUCGGCUUGAGAAGACAGAGAAGAAAGUUCUCGACAGACUUUGAAUCUUUUACUGACUAUGAGGAUUUACCACGUCCUAUUGUUUUGCCUCGGGCGAGAAGCCCACAUGGUGAUUACAGUACUAGGAGCACGCCAUAGGAUUUUUAAUACUAAUUUAUUUAUUUUUCUCGAUUUU